AUGGCGAAAAUCUUUCUUACAGGAGCCUCAGGCUAUAUCGGAGGAGAUGUACUCCAUGCGCUGAAAUCAGCCCUUCCAACCUGCCAGUAUACAGUCCUGCUGAGGGAUGAGGCGAAGGCGCAGAAACUCUCUCACGCAUACCCUGAUGUACAAAUAGUCCUGGGAGACUUGGAUGCUUCUUCUACUUUGGAACAGCAGGCACGUGAAGCGGACAUUGUCAUCCACACCGCAAGCUCAAACCAUGUCAAGAGCGCUGAGGCCAUCGCUCGUGGAUUGACCGCAGCGGAAAGACCGAAGCCGGGUCACUGGCUUCAGAUAUCAGGCGCAAGUGUCCUUUCUAUUCCCGACAUUGUAGCUAGCGCCUUUGGAGAACCCUCCGACAAGGUCUACAGCGACGUCGAUGGAGCCGAUGACCUGCGGGGUCUCAUCCAACAGUACUCUGCAAAGCGCGUGGUCGACAAUUUAAUCCUCAGCCUCACCCCUGCCGCCAAUCGUCCGAAAACCGCGUUGAUCUUUCCUCCUAUCAUUUAUGGUCGGGGUAGAGGGCCGGUCAACCAGCGGAGCAUACAAAUUCCGGAGCUGGCAAGAGUGACGAUGCAACGACGGAGCGGGAUUCGGGUGGGUAAAGGAGAAGCCACAUGGAGUAAUGUGCAUAUCUCAGAUGUCAGCAGCAUCUUUGUGAAGCUGGCCGAGAAGGCUUUGCGGGAUGAGGAAGGGGACUUGUGGAACAAGAACGGGCUCUACUUCCCGGGCAACGGGGCUAUUUCAUUCGGUUCUAUCUCAGCGCAAGUGGCGCAAGAAGUGAAAAAGCUCGGCCUAGCUGAAUCCGACUCGGUUACUGAGAUCAGUCAUGAAGAGGCCGAUGCGCUCACUCCUCAUGGUGGGGUGUUAUGGGGGACCAAUGCCCAGCAGGUAGCCCAGCGAGCGGCCAAGUACCUGGGAUGGGUCCCCGAGGGGAGGACAUUGGAGGAGGAGAUUCCACACACCGUUCUCGCCGAGGCCCAAAGACUUGGAUUGAAAUAG